AUGGCUUUCUUCGACUCUCUUCCGAACGAGAUGUUCGCUGAAUGCGGGUCACAUUGCGAUAUAUCCAGCCUCGCCUCUCUCGCACGCGCCAGCCGCCGCUUUAAUGCAGUAUUCGCUCCAAUGCUUUACAAACGCGCGUUGUUCACAGAACCCCCUGCCCGCCCCGUUAUCUUCCAAGCGGCCGCGAGUGGAAAUCUAGAUACCAUGGAACUUGCGGUAUUUCAUGGUGCCGAUGUCAACACGGUAUCCAAAGAAAUUUUUCACAAAUACAACCAGAGACGCGAGAUGAAAGAAAUCGAACAAGAAGCCACAGCCUUACAUGUCGCCUGCUAUAACGGCCAAACCCACAUCGCAUCAUUUCUUUUGAAAGCCAAGGCGGAUGUCCACUUCCCCGACAGCGCCAAAUAUACUCCUUUCUACUUCGCUAUGCGGCUUCAAGACCCGGAACGCAAAGCAAUUACGGAACUUCUUAUCCAAAAUGGAACUCAAUAUGCGUUCAGGAGCCCGGAUGCGGAUAGAUUGACACUGCAUGCAGCUAUCAAAGCAAGCUUCUGGCCAGUAGUCGACACGAUUCUUUCAAAUCGCCACUUCCUCACCGGGCCUCACGGCCAGGUAAUCAACAACAUGGCAGAGGCGGUCUCGGGAAGAGGAGGCUUCAAUGCUCUCCACUUUAUAUCAGUCAGUGGUGAUGCUGCAGGCAUUUCAGAGAUGGUUCCUAAGCUGGUAGCUGCCGGAACGCCACUGGACCAUGUUGCCGACGGCUGGAAUCGACCACCUGGUCGUAACGUUGGCACUCCCUUGGUACUCGCCGCGAAAAUGAAGAACUGGGCUGCUGCUACAGCUCUCGUGGAAGCUGGAGCGCAGCUAGAUUCGACAGCCAACCCCGAGAAGCAGGAAAUUGUUCUGCAAAUCGCCUUGAGAGGCCCGCUACGAGAACCCGAAGACGAGAUGCACCCCUUGGACGAGCUCAGACGCGACCAUGAGCUGCAUCAGGAAUUCAUACGCGCUUUCGUUAGAAAGGCCAAAGAAACCAACAAGCCGGAGCUGAUUGAGCACCGACCGAACACGCUGCAAAGAGGUUGGCAGGGAACACCCCUCUGGUACGCAGCGGAGCGCGCUGCCGAUUUUGAUUGCAUGAGGAUUUUGCUCGAGGAGGGCUCUGCCUCCCCUCAUGCCACGGUCAAGCGAAUGGUACAAGUCAACGAGGAUGAUGGUUUCGAAAGGAUGGCAGAGGUGACGAUUCUGCGUGGUCUACUCCCCCCUUUCCCCUCACCUUUUUCCCCGUCUGAGAACGCUGGUGUUCGUCUAGAAGACCGAGUGCAACUACUCAUUGAGCACGGUGCCCGUCUAGAUGCCGAGGUUGACCGGGUCAAUGUUACGUCCUCGGUAGCUUCGUCCUCGACAGUAUUGGACACGGCAUGUGUGAGCUGCCGAGGCGAGAGGGAGCACUGGCUCUUUGAUGUCAUUUUGGAUAGUGCAACAAAGAACAAUGUGAGCCUCGAGUAUGUCGCUGAAUUGGAACAGAAGUAUGGCGGCGAGACCUCUGUUCUUGGGAAUCUCGAAGCGUUGCGCCGAAGGCUAAAUUGA